AUGACUCAAAAGCCGCUAAACACUCCUCAGACUUUUGCGAAACUGUCGACACCCACCUUUGACCAGCCUGCGUCUCCAUCCCACCGUGCGAGAUCCAGCAGUCUCAUGCGAGUUGUCUCCCACCACAAUGCUCCUCUUUCCAACGGCGGAAGAGCAUCGCCAACCAUCCGUCGCUCAAUGAGCAUUUCAGAUGGACAACAACGCUCUACAUUUUACCAUCAUGACCCCUCUAGUGAAAUAUCUCAAGCGACAAGUUCAACCCCCACCCUAGCACAAGUAUCCGAAACCAACUGGGCCAACAGAAUAGAAGAUUUUGAUAUGAAGCAUCCCAUUGGAUAUGGCUCUUCGGCUGUGGUGUAUGAAGCCGUCUAUAAACCACUCAACAAGAGAGUAGCCAUCAAGAUAUUGGACUUGGAUAUGUUUGAGCGUAAUCAAAUCGAUGAAUUGCGGGCAAGUGCACAGGGGACAUCUUUUGAAGAAACAGCACUGAUGGCGCUAUCAAAACACCCAAAUGUAUUGCGUGUUUAUGGCUCAUUUGUAAGUGGGUCAAAACUAUACAUUGUUACACCCUAUCUAUCGGCAGGAUCAUGUCUGGACAUCAUGAAGACAUCUUUCCCUGACGGAUUUGAGGAGACCACAAUUGCGACCAUCCUCAAGCAGGCCCUUGAGGGACUAGCCUAUAUUCACAAGAAUGGACACAUUCACAGAGAUGUCAAGUGUGGAAAUCUUUUAAUGGAUGAGCAGGGCACUGUUAUGUUGGCAGAUUUUGGGGUAUCCAGUUCCCUGUCCGAGAAUGGAGACAAAAGAAAGACAUUUGUGGGCACUCCUUGCUGGAUGGCACCUGAGGUCAUGGAACAGUCUACGAGUGGGUAUGACUACAAAGCUGAUAUUUGGAGCUUUGGAAUCACUUGCAUUGAACUUGCUACAGGACACGCCCCAUUUGCAAAGUACCCGCCUCUCAAGGUUCUUAUGAUGACUAUUAAUAAAGACCCACCUACUCUUAAUCGUGACACAACACGGCACAAAUACUCAAAGGGUUUCAAAGAAAUGAUAGACAGUUGUCUUCAAAAAGACCCCACUAAAAGACCUUCUGCAGAAAAACUUUUGCAACAUCCUUUCUUUAAACAAGCCAAGAAGAAGGAUCAUCUCAUCAAAGCAGUACUAGCACACGUUUCACCAUUGGAGCAACGUCCACACAAAAAGAUGCCUCUAAAGCAGAUAUCUUUUCAAACCACAGAACAAUGGGAUUUUGACACUCAGUCAGAUUCUGAGGGAGCCCAGAGCGACAAAUCUCAGCUGUCUGUCGAUGCACCGCCCCCAGCGCGGAAACACAUCACUUUUGGCGACGUUGUCAUUCGAGACCCAGUUCCCCGAGCGUCUCAUGGGCCAGUAGUCGAGAGCCCACCCUACUCACCCCAGACUACAAUAUCUUCGCAAACACCCAAAAAAUCGCGUUUUGUAGUAGAUGAUGGCCGCGAAGACUCGUCAUCUUCAGCAGCAUCAGUACCAACAGCAGUUGGACCAACACCUUCAUUAAUAACAACCCCCAUUUUGUCUUCUACACCAAGCGGAUCUGACGCAGCCUAUCCGGGAACAGGUUCUGAUGUUGGCUCGCCAACUACUAUCGAAAGCCCCAGCGUGGGUUUGGGCAUCAUGGCACACCAAACUCCACAAGAAGGGGAGGUGCGUAAGGGCCGAUUUAGUGUGAACCAGACGCCCCGAUCCAUGAGCGAGGAUAGUAACGACGCUCCGCACAAGUCGACCUCACCUCCACCUCAGGAGAAAUCAACCCCCCAAGUCAGAUUCGAAACCUUCCCGAUCUCUCGUGAGAGUUCACAUUCUUCUGUACUCUCGCUCUCACGCGAGUCCCUCAAUGGAAAAGUUAGUCGAUUUUCUGUAGAAAAAGAGCAAGGCAAAGACUCAGCCUCUUUGCCCCAUCCCCAAAUUGAAACUUCUGUCCCACAACCCAUCCCGCCAGAAUGUCGCAAGAAAGGGAGAUUUGAACUUACGGGUGGUCAAUCAGCUCCCUUGACUCCAAUCGAAACAUCAAGAAUAGACCGAGAAGUAUGUGGCGAUUCUUCUCAGUCAUCUUUAAUAGGAUCACCCUCAACAUCACCCUGUAAUUCUCUACUCAGAGGACAAUCUACCCUCCUUGAUGCUGCAAAGGCCGAUCUGAUGAAAGCGCGUAUGGAAGAGCUUCUGCGGUACACCGAAACUCAAAGGGUUCUUUUACAUGAUGCCAUACAAACUCUCAAUUCCACACCUUCACAUCCCGCUCUCCCUUCCCUUCCUACUUCUUAUCCUCCUUCUACGCCAACUAGUAUUCUUGUUUCUCGUAGCAGGGCAUCAUCAGACACAAGAAAAUCUGCAAAUAAUGAUCCACUUGAGCUUUCUGAAUUUCAAAACAACAAAUCUAGCUCUCUAUCUCACGAAAUUUCUUCUACCGUUGAACAUUUGCAACACCUCUUGUUAAUCUCAAACAAGGAAAAGGAAAAACUCACAAAAGAAAAUGAUGCAUUACGAAAGGAAAUUGAAAGACUUCGACAAAAAUAAUCCAACUGUGCGUUAGAUUUCUUUUCUUCGACAAUAUUUACACACACACUCACUCAUAUAUAUAUUUAUAUAAUUGAUACAUCUUUAAAUCGACAACCUUGAUAAAAAAAAUAGGUCUUUUUAUCAAAGAAUAAAUAAGUAUCUAUUGUAGUAAACC